GGCUGCAAAGUGGAAGGCUGAAAAAGCCGUCGUCCUCAACUUCCCCAGGCUUUUUUGUUGAAUUGGGCGCCGAGCUUCGCACGCUCUAUACAUGAAAGAGCUCUCUUAGUACUGUCACCGUCGUUUUCCAGAGCUCCAAGAAACAAUAUAAUUUGCAGGCCAGCUUGAGGAUUUUUGAGAUUUCUGAGGUAUAUAGGUGGAUGUUGUUGUUAUGCAUAGAUGUGAAUGGCGUGCUUAUAAUGAGAGGGUGAAUUGUAAUGUUGAUUUUAUCCAUAGUAAGCGGCUGAAUGAUGUUAUUGAGGAGACCUCUCUGAUAGAGAGCUGUAUUUGAGUAGACUUGAUUUGAAACCCUAGGAAGGAUGGGGGAGCAAGGCAAUGUGGGUACUGCUUGUGCUAAGCCCAAACCAGAGGUUUCGGAUAUGGAAUUUGAUUCGGCAGAUGAUGAGCCCAUCAGGUCUCUCUUUAAGUUGAAAGGCAAGAAGUAUAAAAGCAGAGUGGGAAUAGGUGGUGGUGGGGAUAAAGUUACAGGGGCACAGGUUGUGACGAAGAAACAGGCAGUCAAGGACGAUGAUUUGGCCGGUAUGGAUGAUACGUUAGCUAGUUAUUGUAAAAAGUUGAAAGGUCAAAGGAAGGAUGCUGGAUCGGUGCAUGCAGGGACAGGAAAAGCUUUCAGUGGUACGAAGUUAAUGAGUCACUCCCCCGUUGUUUCCAUGAAGAAUGAAUAUUUGAUUACAGAAAUAUCAUCAAAGAUCGGGGAUAAAGGACAGAAGGAUGAACAUGUUCUACAUGAUGAAUCAAUUAAUAAAGGGUCUGAAAAAAAGGGUAAGCGGAAAAACAAGAGGCCUCAUGUUGCUUCUGCUCCAGAGAGAGUUGGUUCUCAAUUUGGAUAUGAUAACAUUUCGGUUGUUGAGAGAUCUAUGAAAAAAGACGUGGGAAAUACUUCUUGUUCAGAUGAUAUUGUAGAAGAUUCAUUGUCUGCUUUCUUGCAAAAGUCUGAAUUAUCAAAGAAAUUCCGCAGUUCUUCAUAUUUGAAACCAGGUAAGGUAGCUGAUUCAUCUGCAGAUAAUGUCAGCACUAGUAGCAUCUCUGAGGAUAUCCUGUCCAUGCCAGUAAUAACAUUAAAACAUUUUGUGGAGAAAAAUCGUGGAUGUGCUGGUGGUGGUUCUUCAGAUAUUUUCUCAAAGAGUGAUUGUGCUUUGAUCCAUGGUGCAAAACUUCAAGAUGAUGCCUUAGAUGAUCUUUCUUUUAGAUCAGUUUCAGAAAAUCCAAUUCCUGAUGCAGUAGCUAAAAUACCUGAACUCGGAUUGAAGGCAUGUACUGAAAAGGCCCAUGGCGUUCAUGGUGCAAAACUUCAAAACGAUGCCUUAAAUGGUCUUUCUUCUAGAGCAGUUUUAGAAAAUCCAUUUCCUGUUUCAAUAGAUAAAGAACCCGAACUUGGGUUGCAGGCAUGCACUGACAAGGUCCAAAGUGUCCGAUGUGACGAAGUUGGUUACAUGACUUCUUGUAAUCAAGACAGUGUCGCAGGGGAGACCCAUAAUAUGAUGGAGCAUUCCCCCAUUACUUGUCAAGGGCCUGGUUCCGAGGAUAGAUCUAAGGACCUCCCCAACAGCAAAUCCAAUGCCUCUGAAAACAAAGAGAUGAUUGAGGGCACUUCUGCAUCAAAAUGGUGUUCUGACAUCAAUUUUGACACGGGUAGUGUUCAUGUACCAAUUACGGAUGACAAUGACCAGUUUCAUAUUUUGAAAUUGGAUACACAGUCUUUUUCUUGUAUCAAGGAGUUGAAUGAACAUGCUGAAGUUACAUUGGAGAGAAGCACUAGAAAUGUCAUCGGUGAAACUUCAUCGCAUUCAAAAAGCAAUAUACCGGGCUCCUUAACAAUCAAUGAUUAUGCGGAUACAGCUCUGCAAAAAGAUGUCAGACUUGAAUCUGAGAAAAGUAAAAAAGAAAGUGGGCAUUUUCAAGUUCAAUCAUUGGGUUCUGUUGAUUCCACCUAUAACCAAGUUACUGAUGGGAUUUGCGAUUCAGUACAAGAUACUACUGAUUGUGCAAAUGAGCCACUUGCCCCCCUUUCUUCAGGCAAUAAAGAUGCUUCAUUGUAUGGUGAAAUGAAGCGUGAAGACGGUCAUGAAUCUUUUGCUAAUUCCAAAGAAGCAGUUCUCAAAUAUACUGUCACUACAACAGAAACGUGCAAUUCUGCUAGUAAUCCCAUCCAAUUGUUCGAUGAGAUGGGAAGAGGGACAUUUUCCCGAAGUCCUGAUUUUCAAGCUGGAGAUGAAGUGUAUAAUCGGUCCACUUCACCUUCGUAUAUGCCAGGAAAGGAUGAGGUAGACACCGAUUCUAUGCCUGAUGAAAGUAAGGAUGAAAGGCUGUUUGGUCGUCAACGUGCUACAAGAAACCCAAAAAAGCGUAGACAUGGUGACAUGGCCUAUGAGGGGGAUGUUGACUGGGAGAUUCUGGUCCGUGGGCAAGAAUUUUUUAUCGGUCAUCAAAAUGGUGAUGUUGGGCUAACCAAACAAAAGGAAAAGCCCGAUCCUUCUUCAUUGACAGUUCUGGAUGCUGAAAAUGGAGGGGCUGCAGCUGUCUCUGUUGGUCUAAAAGCUCGUGCGGUUGGUCCAUUUGAAAAGAUAAAAUUUAAGGAUGUACUAAAGCGCAAAGGCGGGGUUCAAGAGUAUCUAAAAUGCAGGAACCAUAUUUUGAGCCUUUGGAACAACGAUAUUACUCGCAUUUUACCUCUUUCAGAGUGUGGAUUGUGUGAUAUCGAUUUGGUUGAUGCAUCACCCUUUGCUUCAUUAGUCAGGGAUGUUUAUACAUUUCUUGAUCAAUGUGGUUAUAUAAAUUUUGGCAUUGCUUCCCGAAAGGAUAUAUCUGAAGAUGUCCACGAGCACAACUUGAAAAUAUUAAAAGAAGAAAAGUUUACAGAAAAAUCUGGAGUUUCCGUUGCUGAGUCAGAUGAUGGAGUUUCUUUUAUCAUGGGCCAGUCUAGGAGUUCCGAAAUGGUUGCUAUACGGAGUGAUGUUAUUUCUAACAAUGAGAAAUGUUUUUCAAAGGUUGAGAUGGAUACCUCAGGAUUGUUGACUUCUAUAGGACAUGAAAGAAUCCCUCCUGAUGGCUACCAGGGAGAUGGUUGUUGUGAUAAAUUGACCAGUUCUGAUAAUAUGUUAGACAAAUCAGGGAAAGGCGGGAAUGGAAAAAUACAAAAUGUCUGGGAUCCUAUUUCUUUUACUCCUAAUGAUGGUAAGGGUGUUAAGAGAUCUGUUUUGCAAUCUGAGAUUUCUAAACGUUCAUGUGCUUUUCAACCAUACACCAAGGACAGUGAAAAUCAAGGUCUGAGUGAUUCAGAAACCAAAAAAGUAAUUGUAGUAGGAGCUGGGCCUGCUGGCUUAACUGCAGCAAGGCACUUGCAGCGCCUAGGUUAUCGUGUAACUGUGCUUGAGGCAAGGAGUAGAAUAGGAGGCCGUGUUUUUACUGAUCGUUCCUCUCUUUCUGUCCCUGUGGAUGUUGGUGCUAGCAUUAUUACUGGUGUUGAGGCAGAUGUUGCGACUGAAAGAAGACCAGAUCCUUCUUCCAUAAUUUGUGCCCAAUUGGGCCUUGAGUUGACUGUUCUUAACAGUGAUUGUCCUCUCUAUGAUAGUGUCACUGGCGAGAAAGUUCCUGCACAUUUGGAUGAAGCACUUGAAGCAGAAUACAAUAGCUUAUUGGAUGACAUGCUGCUGCUGGUUGCACAGAAAGGGGAACAUGCUGAAAAAAUGUCUCUUGAGGAUGGCUUAGAAUAUGCCCUCAAAAGGCGUCGUUUGGCUCUUUCUGGUAGAAACUAUAUGGGCAACACACACAAUCUACAUAAAACUGUUACAGAUACUCCGAUGCAGUCUGCUUCUGAUGUAGUCUGUGACACUCAUUGUCCUAAAGCUGAUGUGCUGAGUCCUCUUGAGAGAAGGGUAAUGAAUUGGCAUUUUGCAAACUUGGAAUAUGGGUGUGCCGCAUUACUUAAGGAAGUUUCUCUUCCUCAUUGGAAUCAAGAUGAUGUCUAUGGAGGUUUUGGAGGAGCUCACUGCAUGAUUAAAGGGGGUUAUAGCACCGUCGUUGAAUCACUGGGAAAAGGUCUUCAGAUACACUUAAAUCACGUUGUAACAGACAUCGUGUAUGACAUGGAGGGUAGUGCAGGCAGUAAUACAUUGAUUAACAAGGUCAAAGUCUCCACAUCCAAUGGAAAUGAGUUCUCAGGGGAUGCAGUCCUGAUUACCGUACCCCUUGGAUGUCUCAAGGCAGGAUCACUUAACUUUACACCACCACUGCCACAUUGGAAAUCUUUGUCUAUUCAGCGGCUUGGUUUUGGGGUUCUUAAUAAAGUUGUUUUGGAGUUUCCUGAAGUGUUCUGGGAUGACUCAGUGGAUUACUUUGGUGCAACUGCUGAAGAAACAGACCACAGGGGACAGUGCUUUAUGUUCUGGAACAUAAAAAAAACUGUUGGUGCACCUGUUCUUAUAGCAUUGGUGGUUGGAAAAGCUGCUAUAGAUGCCCAACGUAUUAGCUCAUCGGAUCACGUGAACCAUGCCUUAAUGGUUCUUCGCAAACUAUUUGGCGAGAGCAUGGUACCCGAUCCAGUCGCAUCUGUGGUGACAGAUUGGGGAAGGGAUCCUUACAGCUAUGGGGCUUACUCUUAUGUUGCUGUGGGGUCAUCGGGAGAAGAUUAUGACAUUUUAGGGAGGCCUGUUGGGAACUGCCUGUUUUUUGCUGGUGAAGCUACCUGCAAGGAGCAUCCUGAUACUGUUGGUGGUGCAAUGAUGAGUGGGCUUAGGGAGGCUGUGCGUAUAGUUGACAUAUUGACUACAGGUACUGACUUCAUUGCAGAGGUGGAGGCAUUGGAAGAUGCAAACAGACAAUUGGAUGUUGAAGAGAGUGAAAUUGGAGACAUCAUAAAGAGACUUGAUGCAGUAGACCUUUCAAAUGUUAUGUGUAAGAAAUCUUUAGAUGGUACCCAGAUUAUAACCAGGGAUUUACUGUGGGACAUGUUUUAUAAUGCUAAAACAACAGCGGGAAGAUUAUAUUUGCUCAAAGAAUUGUUAAAUCUUCCUGUGGAAGUUCUAAGAUCUUUUGCUGGAACUAAAGAAGGCCUCAUCACACUCAAUUCUUGGAUAUUGGAUUCUCUUGGAAAGGAUGGGACUCAGCUCUUGCGCCAUUGUGUUCGUCUACUUGUACUUGUUUCAACUGAUUUAGUUGCUGUACGCUUAUCUGGCGUUGGGAAAACUGUAAAAGAAAAAGUGUGUGUGCAUACGAGCCGUGAUAUACGUGCUAUAGCAAGUCAGCUUGUAAAUGUGUGGAUAGAAAUUUUUCGAAAGGAGAAGGCUUCCAAUGGGCUAAAACUGUUGAGGCAAUCAAAUGUUGCUCACCCGCCAAAGAGCAAAUCUAGUAUUGCAUCUGGAAGACCUCCUUUAUGUACAUCUAUGGCACCUGAAAGUAAAAGGAGCUUGAGAAUUCCAACCCCUGGUGGAAGCCAAUUGCCAUUGAAUUCAAGCAAUAGAAAUGUGGAAGUCAAGCCAGCUAGGUUGGAAGCUGCAGCUGACUCAAAAUCAGAUGUUGAACCACCAAGCUCUCAAGGUUCUGUAGGAAGGCGAAAUGCCACGAUUGAUGGAAACCAGAAUCUCCCUUUGUCUGACGAGGAAAAGAAUGCUAUUGCCGCCGCAGAAGCAGCUCGUGCUGCUGCUCGUGCAGCCGCCGAGGCAUAUGCUUCUUCUGGUGCCAAAUAUAGUACAACAUUACCGCUUCCAAAGAUACCAUCAUUUCACAAAUUUGCUAGACGGGAACAAUAUCCACAGGUGGAUGAGUCUGAUAUUAGAAGGAAUUGGUCUGGUGGUGCUAUAGGAAAACAAGAUUGCUUAUCUGAAAUAGAUUCCCGGAACUGCAGAGUUCGGAAUUGGUCUGUUGAUUUCUCUGCAGCUGGUGUCAACCUUGAUACUUCAAGAACGUCUUUUGACAAUCGUUCACAGCAUAGUCUUUCCAAUGAUAAUGCAUGCCAGUUCAACUUCAGAGAGCACUCUGGAGAAAGCGCUCCUGUAGACAGCAGCAUAUUAACUAGAGCAUGGGUUGAUAGUUCAGAUAGUCUAGGAAAGGACUACAAUGCAAUUGAGAUGUGGCAAUGUCAGGCAGCAGCAGCUAAUUUAGAUUUCUAUGGACGGGCAUUGCAAGUGAUGGAUGAGGAGGAAUCAAACAUGAGUUCCAAAAUACCUACAGAAAGGCAUGACCUGCUGGCUAUUGAGAGUUCUGCUUCACAUGUUACAGUACCUAAAGCAAUACACAAUCAACCUAGAGGAGCAGAGAAAAUUAAGCAGGCAAUUGUUGAUUAUGUUGCAUCUUUAUUGAUGCCUCUUUAUAAAGCUAGAAAGAUUGAUAGGGAAGGUUAUAAGUCCAUAAUGAAGAAAACUGUGACAAAGGUUAUGGAGCAAGCCACAGAUGCAGAAAAGGCAAUGGCAAUAGAUGAGUUUCUGGAUUUCAAGCGUAAAAACAAGAUUCGCGCCUUUGUAGACACGCUAAUAGAGAGGAAUAUGGCCAGGAACCAAGAAGCAAAUUCUCGAGCAAACUGAGGGCCAAUCUUAGUUUCAGUGCUUAUGCAAGUGUGUAGGAUGAAGACAAUUUCUUCUAUGCUCUAUAUGAGAGAAGUUUUUUCGUUCAUAGAUUGCAGCACAGUCCAACGUGAUGGGUUUCAUGGAAACUGCCAGUUUGUGUUAGUAGUCAGUAGCACUGAUGAUUUGUCUCAAUGUAUAUAUGCACACCAGGGAAAUUGCAAUCAGUGUAAGGAGCAAGUAACGAGGAACAGCUCUUUUGAGGCAAAGGCCCCAUUCACCAUCCGAGAGACCAUGAAAUAUUUGAGACUCAUUAUCGAUAUCCUGUUAGGAAUUUGGUGGGGUGAUGCUUAUCUUCCAUUAGUCUUAGAAUUUGUUGGUUAGGGUAUUGAACCUAAAUAUUGUAUGGUUUAGCUUUAGGACAAAAGGUGAAGAGCUCUGAGAUUUUCUUUUUGAGAGAUCACGAUAGAUUAAAACUGACUUUUUUCUGACUCAUUUUGUUUUGAGAUUUGUACAGCUUAGGACCAUUAUCAUGACUUCAAAUAUACAAAAGAUUAUUCU